AUGAACUGCGACCGCGCCUUCGUCUCGCUCAUCGACUCGUCAACGCAAUACAUCCUCGCCGAAGCCACGAGGUCCAUCUCCAUACGCGACUCGACCAGCUUCGCCAACCCUCAAGAUGCCCUCUUUCUUGGUGUGCAGAGUCUGAACAAGGAGUACGGUAUCUGUCCACAGUCCGUCGCCAUCUUCACGGACCGCACCGGUCACCGAGCUAUCAAUACCCCUGGUCUUGUCGCCAAUACCACUCGCUACGUAAUCCGCGACCUGAGAGAGCUCGACCAAUACAAACAUUGCCCAUAUGUCGUCGGAUUCCCCCAUAUGGUGUCCUAUGCCGAGGUGCCCGUCAAGAGCGCUUCAGGCCAUAUUCUAGGAACGUACUGUGUCAUGGACAACAAGGUUCGCGACGACUUCUUCAACGACUCGACCAUCGACAUCCUCAAUGACAUUGCAGCAUGUAUCACCGAACAGUUGGAGCUUCAUGCAAUCAGACACGAGUCGGGCCGGGGCGUACAAAUGAUGAGGGGCUUGUCAGAGUUCAUCGAAAGCAGAAGGUCAAGAGCAGACCGUUCUGGCGCUGCAUCUCGAAAGGCCUCUCUGGCCACUAUCGCCGACUAUUUCGACGACCCUCCACAAAAGCCGGACGCCGGAUCAUUGUCCACUUCGUUGGAUUCCCAGAAGCAAAGUUUAGGCGACGCGUCGAUGCAGGACUCGACUCCACCAACAUCCCCGGAAGACCUCUUGUCCUUGCCCAGUCCUGGAGUUUGCGAUCCGGCGCUGGACAUGUCUCACAAGCCACUCUCAGGCUGCCGGACGAUGAAAGACAUUUAUUCAGGAGCCGCCCAUCUUAUUCGCGCAGCCAUCGAUGUAGAAGGUUUAGUGUUCUUGCACAGGUCUGCCAACAACGUACUGCCAGGCCUCAAGCAGUCUUUGCCAGAGCCGGUAUCAGCUGCAGGCUCUGGCCACAAUGCGACAUCGUCCCUCUGCGAGGUCCUUGGAAGCUCGGUCGUACCUGGCGGCAACAAUCUUGGCACCUUGCAGUUUCCUCUGGUCAUCAACGAUGUCUCGCUUGAUUAUCUCAUCCGCAACUUCCCUCGUGGUUGCGUCUUCGUGUCAGACACCCAGGGUGAUCCUGUGUUUGAGAAAGAAGGUGCUUUCAUCGUUCAGACAUAUUCUCCGCAGACGUCGUCUGCCGUCAAGGUAUCUGGCGAGCUACAAUCACUGAUUCGCAAAGCACGGUCCUUGGUCUUUCUUCCAUUGUGGGAUUCCAUGCAGGAGAGUUUCAUCGUAGGUAUGCUUGGCUGGACCAGCGAUCCCACACGAGUGCUCGCUGAGCAGGACAUGACAUGUCUCUCUGCCUUUGGCAAUACUUUCAUGACUGAAAUUGCAAGAACCGAGAUGACCGAGUUAGCACGCGCCAAAUCCGAUUUCCUUUCGUCCAUCAGUCACGAGCUCCGAUCGCCUCUUCACGGAAUCCACGCCGCUGUCGAUCUCCUACAAGACCCGGAACACGACUCCAAGUCUGACUUGAUCGAAAUGAUUGCAAGCUGUAGCUCUACUUUGCUGGAUACCUUGAAUCACGUCCUGGAUUUUUCGCGAGUCAACAAGUUGACUGAUGUCAAAGUCGAGCCACAGAACCCCGCUCGCGUCGAAAACCAAGAGAUGAGUCAGAACGCUUUCGGAGAGACCACUCAAGAGUACCUGUGCGAUCUUGUCCUGUCUGUGGUUGAGGGACUACAUUUCGGCCAGGCCUCGCGCAAAGCCACUUAUGAAAAGCUACAAAGCACCAUCAUCGACCAAGUUGCCAAACCCAAUCUCUCACCAGACGCAGGACGACGCGAUUCUGCUGGCCAGAAGACGCAUCUUCCGCAAGGUUCAAAUGCCGUUGCCGUCUAUGUCGACAUCGAGAGCCGUUCAGAUUGGUGCAUGAUGGUGUGUGCAGGCGCUUGGAAAAGACUGGUCAUGAAUCUUUUCGCCAAUGCAAUGAAGUAUACUGAUCAAGGCUUUGUCGAGGUGUCCUUGAGAAUAAUAUCCGACCCCAAGAGUCCUGCAAAGCGAUGCGCUCAUCUCCUGGUCAGCGAUACUGGUAUUGGCAUGAGUCCUGACUUCUUGAAGCGAAGUCUUUACCAGCCCUUCGUUCAGGAGAACCCGAUCGCGGAUGGCACUGGACUCGGACUCAGUAUCGUGAAGAAGAUUGUAGAGGAUCUCCAGGGCACGAUCGAGGUGCAGAGCACACAAGGCGUUGGAACACGCUUUGAUGUCUUUGUACCCAUUCCGGCACCGGAUUCGUCUAUACCAGACGCACCACUGCCUUUCGGUGGGCAGAGAUUAGAUCCAGAGUCAGUGCUUAAGGACCGGACCGUCUGCUUGUUAUCGCCACCGGGAAUACACGGUGUUGAUAAUGUCUCAGCUUCCAAUGCGGAGCUGCAACUCCGACGUACGACAACAAUGCAGUCGUGCGUACGGUCAAUCACGCAAUCAUGGUUUGGUAUGAAGGUCGUCACUAGCGACAACUUGGAGCUCGUUGAUACGGACAUUGUCAUUGCCGAACAGACGCAUCUUUCUAAUCUGAUUUUUGCCAAACCUGAGCUCCUGUGCAAGCUCAGCCAGCAACGCAUUGUCUUGGUAGAUGCUCUGCCAGCCCACUAUCCUAGCAAGAGUGAACUUCCUGGCGCUACGGUAAACCUGGCGUACCCACUCAGCCCCAAGACGCUCGUGCGUGCCCUCACUGCCAGCCUGAAAACUUCCCUCGAGCCACAGACUUUGUCGUCAAGGGAUACGCUUCCCUUAGGAAUUCCACCACCGUCUGUUAGAGAACCUGUUGCAGAGAGACUGGAUGUUCACCAGCCUCAAGAAGUUGCCGAGCAGACAAAACAAGACAACAGACCUUCUGGCCGAGUAGACACCGCAGUCCAACAAGACCAACAACAUUUCCUCCUCGUCGAUGACAAUGCAAUAAAUCUGCGCCUUCUCGCAACUUUCAUGAAGAAACUCGGCCACACCUCCGAAACCGCCGUCAACGGCCUAGAAGCCUUUGAAAAGUUCAAAGCUUCGUCUUGGCGAUUCACGACCGUUCUCAUGGAUAUCAGUAUGCCUGUGAUGAAUGGAUAUGAGUCCAGUCGGGCUAUAAGGCGUCAUGAGAUGAGUUUGGAGGACAAGGGUGAGAAGGUUACACCAGCGAGGAUUAUUGCAUUGACUGGGCUGGGCUCUGAAGCCAGCAAGCAAGAGGCAAAGAUGAGUGGGAUUGAUGAGUUUUAUACCAAGCCCGUCAAAUUUGAUGCGUUGAGGGAGGUUUUGGAGAGGAAGUAG